UGAAGCCGAAAAUGCUGUCACUUUACUUCGAAAUAAAUGAAAAAAUAUAUUAAAAAUAGUUUCGUAUGAGAAUUCCAGAAAAUUCAAACAAAAUUGUUAGUUGACCAGGUAGAGUAGUUCUUUGAAAGCCUCAAGCUGCAGCAGCCAGCGCCUCCAGACACUUCGUGUUCUUCCGCUGUCGCAGUUUCUCAAACAUCGACUUCAGUUUCGAUACCACCAGCACCGCCUCCGCCGCCUCCACCGCCGUCAUUGCUGCCAAGAGCCCGAACAACGCCAUUCGGCGCUCUGUCAUCGCUACCAUCUACGUCAACAUAUCCACCACCAAGACUACGGACGAACGGCAUGCAGGGACUAUCGGAGGCGACGGCCAUACGUUUAUUCAACAGUGUUGUGACAACGGAACAAAUAGCUGGCCCGACAACUGCGCUUAAUGUCAAUUCCAUAACGUCGAUCAAUGCGGUAGACGAGUGCAAAUCGAUCACAACCAUACAGUCUACGAAUGAGUUCGGCAAUGCUUGUCGCAUUUGCCGUUGCAAUCGGAGUGACAUGCAAUUGUCGCGUUGUCCGUGCCAGUGUCGUGGCAGUGUGGGGUUCGUGCACAUGCCGUGCUUGAAGCGUUGGAUUUUGCAUCGGCGUGACACGCGCUGUGAAAUAUGCAACACACCGUUCGAUGUGCCAGAUGAGAAGUUAAACGUGCGUCGCAUGCUGAACGCGCUAUUCUGUGCGCGUUGUGGCGGCGCCAUCAUAAAGCACCUGCUCUUUAGCGUGUCCCUGCUGCCGCUGGCGCAUGUCGUUCUGCAGCAAGUACUCAUUUGCAUGGACAAUAUUAAUGCGAGCCCCAACGAGCAUUUGACGGUGCAAGAAGUGAUGGUGGCUUCAUGCGCGCUCUUGACAUCAAGCGCACUUUUCUUCCACUUCUUCGAGUUUAUAACGACGCGCUUUCUAAUUAUUCGGAACAUUUUGCAUCAGUGGUGGAUGUUUGGCAAUCAGGAGAAUUUCACAAUCAUCGAGGUGGACAGUGAAUAUUUCGAUGUCUUCUAAGUUGUCACCAACGCAAUCGAAUUGUUUGACGGGCCAAAAAUUUUAAAAUAUCCAAUGUAUUAGAAACAAUUUAUAUACGAAAUUAGAAAGGGUAAAUUAUUUCAAAUAACGGAAGUUAAAGCAGAAGCCGCUUGAUAAAAUUGUUACUUCCAUUUAUAGCACACAUUUAGGCGCAAGUUUGAACAUUUGUCACUUAUCGCAUGCGAUAAGUAAUAUUGAAAUUUUGACACCUAACAGUACGUAUUGAAAUUUUGUUUUCUCAUUUUUGUAGCUUGAAAUCUGAGCAUUGUAAAAUGAACUGAAAAAUACUUUGAGAGAAAAUUGAAUGCUCAACAUGAACAGACAUAAUAAUAAAUAAUAAAACAAUUUAAUCACGAUCCCGUGGAAUAUAAGAUAAAGCGUGAAAUAACAAAACGCAAUUGAAAUCAAUUUAUCAGAAAAAAAAGAAGUAACAUUUUGAAGUGACCGGUUGAUGUAUUUGUCUCGAAUCUCUAUUAGGUUAUUGUACCGAUAUACCUAUAAAGAAUGUCAUGCCGCCACCAUUCACAAUGAAGCCAUAAUGCAAUUGUGGCACCAAAAGACGAACUCAUCAACGAAGUAUUCCCAAACAUUAUUACUAACCACAAAAAUAAUGAAUAGUUGAGAGAGCGAGCAAUCUUGACGGCUAAGAAUAACGAUUUAUUUGAUUUAUACUUACAUAAUUCAGAAUGAGAUCAUUGGUACACUGCAUUCUUUCAAAUCAAUUGACCGUUUAAGAAAUGAAGAUGAAGCUGCUACCUAUCCAAUUAAUGUGCCAGGCUUACCACCACACAAUUUACGACUAAGUAAAUAAACAAAUUACCUUGAUAAAACUAAAA